GGUUGUUUGUGGUGUUUAGGAGGACAGCUGAUCACUCCUCACAACUCAGACCAAAUUUCCCAUUCAAGUUUUUUCUCUCCCCUUACCAUGUGAUAAACAAUCAGGAAAUGGCCUGCAGUGCUGAUGGCUUACCCACAAGUGAGGCCCUCAGUCUCUUGCAUGAGGACAUCUCCAUCGCUUUGGAUGAAUAUCAGAAGACAGAAGCUGAAAAGAACAAAGGUUUUGGACCAAAGAGUGUUCUGUAUGAAGCCUUCCACCACAAGAGUAGUCUCUCUGUGUUUCAUUGGACAUCAGUGAUAGCGUUGAUCGUUGAAGGCAUCGUGCUGCUGGUGGCCUUCGCUGCAUGUAAUGACCCCAGGUACCAGCAUCUUCCUGCCGAGUCCUUCUUCAUUUUCUUAGCAGUAAUUCUUAACGUGUACUUGGUGUGGUGGGACACUCAGCUGAGGCACAAAGAGGUCCCAAGACUCACACACAACGUCUUAAAGGAUCUUAAAGAAUACCACGGCAAUGUGUUGUGGUCUGCCGAGAACUAUCCUCACCUCCACUCCCCCCUCUCCCCCUGCAUCACCCUCCAGUGGACUCGUCGCGAUGGUAACACAGUCAACCUCCCUUGGUCUCUCCUGGUGCGUGGGGAUAUUAUACUCAUGAAACCUGGACAGAAAGUUCCUGCUAGAUGUAGGCCCAUGCAGUUUUAUGGACUUGUGGCUUCUUCAACCUUGAGCUGUGACCCCUUGUGAGGCGGACGUCCGCCAGCUCCAGGUAUGUACAUUAGACCAAGCAGUGCCCCCUGAGGUGUUUAUACACAUCGAUUAGGUCGCCUCUCGCCCGUCUGUAGUAUAAGCUAGGUAGUUGCAGGCGUUCUAAUCUCUCUAAGUAUUUGAGGUUCUGUAGAGCAGGCCCCAGUCUGGUAGCCCUCCUUUGGACAUUUUCAAUCAAUUGACAGUCUCUAGUAUACCUUGGGGAAGCAUCUGCUAAUGCCAGAAGAAUUCAUUCAGCUAAAAGGUUAAAGAGCAUAGAAACUCAGUUGCAACUUUCAUAUUCAAAAUCUAUCGGCUGUGAAACAGUUUUUAGAUAGACAGUGUCUUGUGGCACUUAUAUUCACUUAUUUUGUCUUGGGUUGACUAUUUUAACUCUUUAUGGGUUUGCCUACCUAAUUAUCUAGUGAAAAAAGUUCAGGGUGGUGAAAAAGGAUGCCAGGCUUACAUGUGCUCUCCUACUGAGGACUUCCACUACCCUAUUCUUAAUCGAAUUGCACUGGCUUCCAAUUAAAGAAAGAAAAAAGUUCAAACUCUGCCUAAUGACUUUUAAGGCACUUAUGUUUGAUGAGCCUAAGUAAUUGUCCAACCUACUAAAUCCUCUGACCUAGAGCAUUGUGGAAAUGCUCUUUUGUGGCCCAAUCCUUUUCCUAUAUCGCACCCAGAUUGUACAAUCAUUUGCCUGCAUCCAUGAAGCAGCUGACUUCUGUGGAGGCUUUUAAGAAACAACUUAAGACCUUUCUUUUAUUUUGAAAGCACAUGAUCCUGAAAAGAGCUUUGGAAGUGAUACAACUUAAGGAUUAAUGAACUGUCACUUCUUGUGAUUUUUGUUAUAUUUUUAUUUUUAUUUUUUUAUUCUCAGAACUUUGACUUGUGAAAUUUUGAGCGCUAGUGAAUUACUUGGAAGAAUUGGAGCUUUUGUUUCUCAAAAGUGCCAGCUUUUAUUAUUAUUAAAACAAUAUCUGAUUGAUCAAUAAAUCUCCCAGAGCUAACUGGGUACUAAGGGCAUGGAAUGGGGGGAGGGGAGGGAAGAGUGCAAAGAAGAGGAGAGAGAGAUGAUAGAAGGGAAAGGAGAGGAAAUUAAUUCACUUACCAAAGAACAUAGUAAAAUCCAUACGAUCUUCAGUUGGAACCUUGUGCUUCAGGAAGACCAUGUAACAGGCAUAAAGAAUAGCUCCAGCUAUUGACCAUACCACACCAACAGGCACAACUGAACUUUCAAGGUUGAGGUCUUCCAAACUAAC